UUACGUUCCUUUAACGAGGAGGGAGAUGUCGCUCGACGAUGACGCCGCUGCUAUCACGUGUUGUAAACGCGACGCAUUACGCCCAACACGUGAGGGAACACGUUUCGAAGCGAGGAAGCCCAACGGAGAAUUCUCUUCCGCGGCACUUUCCUACGUUACUACGGAAGCACACGCGACUAAGCGCCCGUUACCGUUUACUCGGAAUGAAGAGAAAAAGGGAAACGUGUUCGCUAGGCCACGAAGAGCACGUUUUCUCUAUGCAGAAGUGCACGCAGCACCGCCUUGAACCAGAUACCUCGGCGUCGACGGUGACUAAGGCACACGUGACGAAACUAGCAGGAAUAAUUUAUUUUUCAUCUGCGAAUAGGCGACCGAGGAUGGAAUUCAGCCAAAUGAUCGUGUUAGAUAUGAACGGAGCUUAAUACGACAAGACCUAUUCUAUACGUUAGCGAGCGGAGAACAUCGUUGAGCUUGCAAAGAGAACAGGUCGAGAAUUUGAGACGAUGUGGUUAUUUCGAGAUCAUUCAAAGGGCGAAGUGGGAAUAACUGAGCUAGUGAACGAAACGGGGAACCUUCGGGCUACUUGUAUCCAGAUUAAUCUAUUUUAAAUCACAUUAUUGACCAUGAUAAUUGUCUGUCGGUUUUAGUCCAGCCUUUGAAAAGGAUUUCGUCGAAAUUUACAAAAAUAGAUUUUACCUUUCUGUUCUAUUUAUUCUGCCCUGAAGAUUUGGUUCAUUAGUGACAUAAUUUAGCCAAAACCAAUGCAUAGAAUUAAAUGUGGAAA